UCUCACUGGAGACAAAUUAAAAAUUCUUCAAUCCGAAUUAAAAAACUUAUCCAGCAAAGAUUUUGAUUUAUUAACGCGAAAAGGUGUCUUUCCGUACGAAUAUGUGGAUUGUAAUGACAAGCUGCAGGAUCAAUGUUUGCCACCGCGCGAGUUAUUCUACAGUUCGUUGACAGAUGAUAUAGUAUCUAAGCGCGAUUACACGCACGCCGUAAAUAUAUGGGAGCAGUUUUCUAUUCAAACCUUAGAUGAAUAUAGCGAUUUGUACCUGAAGACUGAUGUUUUGUUAUUGGCUGAUAUUUUCGAAAAUUUCCGCGAUAGUUGUAUCAAAAGUUACGGUCUAGAUCCCGCGCAUUAUUAUACACUGCCAGAUUUCACGUGGGACACGAUGUUAAAACAUACAAAAAUUAAUUUUGAAUUGUUCACAGAUAUUGAUAUGGUAAUGUUUAUCGAACGCGGUGGUAUACGUGGUGGUCUGAGUCAGUGUUCCGGUAGAUAUGCAAAAGCCAAUAACCAAUACAUGCAGUCUUACGACCCAUCGAAGCCAUCCUCAUACCUCAUGUUGAUUUGGAGUAUCCCCAACACCUACAUGAUGCACACGUAGAUCUACCAUUCUGUCCGACGCGAACGAAGCCCCAGAACAAAAGCCAAGAAAAACUCCUUGCGACUUUAUAUAAUAAGCAGCGUUAUGUUAUUCAAUAUUGCAACCUGCAGCAAUGCACACGCCAUGGUCUUCGUAUCGGAAAGAUUCAUCGCAUACUCCAAUUCACGCAAUCUCCAUGGCUACGCAACUACAUAGAAUUAAAUACGCAGUUUCGAACGUAUGCAACAAACGAUUUUGAGAAAAAUUUAUACACAUUGAUGAACAACGCGGUAUUCGGCAAAACAAUGGAAAAUGUUCGCAAUCACGUCGAUAAAACUUUUGACAAAAUGGGAUGGAUGAUACAGUGCAGAAGCAAUGGUCGCAAUGUCAAAUUUUCAUAGCCAGAGCAUCUUUUCAGAAAAUUUAAUUGCCGUUGAAUUGCGAAAACUCGAAGUGAAGUUCAACAAGUCGAUCUAUGCAGGUAUGUGUAUUCUCGACAUAUCUAAGACCUGCUUGUAUGAAUUUCACCAUGAGUACAUGUCACCUCUGUAUCGCGAGAAAUGUAAAGUACUGUAUACGGACAUAGAUAGUUUAAUUUACCAUAUAAUGUCCGACGAUGUGUAUGAGCUUAUGAAACGUGACAUUGCUAGGUUUGAUACGAGCGAUUAUUCUCAAAAUAACAUAUACAGUAUGCCGCUUAAGAACAAAAAAAUUCCAGGGCUUAUGAAAGAUGAAAAUAACGGAGCUAUAAUGACAGAAUUCGUCGAGCUCAGAGCAAAAAUGUAUGUGCUGAAAGUAGAAGGUAAAAAGGAUAAUAAAAGGGCGAAGGGUGUUAAGAGGAAUAUUAUAGCGCGAACAAUCAAUUUUAACGAUUACACGUAUUGUUUGAGAGAGGAAAUUGAAACGAGUCAGCGUCAAUCGUACAUAAGAUCCAAGUUGCAUGAGGUAUACACAAUAUUCGAAACGAAAACUGCUCUCAGUCCAUACGAUGAUAAGCGAUAUAUUGUGACUCGAUAAAUACAUUACCAUAGGAACAUUAUAGUAUACCAUUAUAACGUUUAUUUGUUUUAUUGGCUAUUUUACAAUUAAGUAUGUCAUCAAAUGUUCUAAUAAAACUGUAUUCAUUUUUUUUUACAAUACAUUAUCUUUUUGUAUCCAUGAAUUAUGCGAAUUGUCGAAUCCCAGCCUUUUUACAUAUACCUUGCCACCUUGCUUGCGUAACACCUUUUCUACUAAGUAUACAUCUGGAUUGGUGAUACUAUGUAGUUCGUGUUCGUAGAAACCCCCAGCGACAGGUUUCCCGCGCGAGUCUGCGAGUAGGUAAGUUGCAGGAUUAGUUGUCUACACUUUGACGAUUUUAAACACUUCGGUUGUCCAAUUCGAUGUAUAGCUUUUUCAAAGUUUUGAAUGUUUGCUGACACGUACCGGAUCACCCACUUUGAAUUUCGCAGGUGCUGCAAUCUUUAUGUUGCUGUAGACUGUGUUUAAGAGCUUAUUAGCAAUCGCAGGUGUCACAUCGAUAGGACGCAUGCCGAUAGUUCAAUGUUUUCGCGUGUUGUAUUCAGCGACGAGGCGCGGUAACGAAUCGAUCCAUUUGUAAGUUCCGUUGAACGUAAACAUUUUCCACAUGUCGUUCUUUAACGUGCGGUUGAAUCGUUCCACAACAGAUGCCUUUAUUACUGAAUAAGUCGAAUAAUGACACCGUGUUUCUUCACAAGACUCUGCAACUUUGUAUUGUAAAACUCCUUUCCCUGAUCAGUUUGCAAGUUCUUCGGACAUCUUCCAUCCGUUCGAAUUAUCUUUGCGAAUGCCUUAGCUACCUCCUUUCCGCUUUUGCUCUUUAACGGCACGGCCCAUGCAUGCUUGCUCAGUACAUCGAUAAUGGUGAGUAUGUAGUGGUGGCCUCAAUUGAAUCGUGAGUAAGGACGCAUUUCCACCACAUCGGCCUGCCAAAGAUCAUCGUAUCCACGUACAAUGACGCGUCUACGAGGAAAAUUUCGUCUCGCUGGGGCGUGUAAUUCUUUCACUAGUUGUUGUUUGUCGGAAUGUUUCUUCUCAUCAUUUUUCCUCGUUACUCGCCGAGUCAUUUUCCCAUCAUGCGUGAGGCUUUGUCGCUCUGCACCGGCAGAAACAGCUAAAAUAGUUUCGAUGAAUUGCUUUUCUUCUUUUUGUUAAAUUUUGACAAUUGCUUCUCCGUUGCAGCUCGUGAUGAUCCGUCUCCUGCUUAUGUCGAUACUAUACGUCAAUUUAACUGUAAUAUUUUACUUUUAUAUUUUCCGCGAUUUCUUUAUCUCUG